AUGACUAAGGGAAAAGUGGCGGCACAAUGCUGCCAUGCUGCCCUUGCAGCAUAUCAAGCAGCACUUCGCCAACGCCAGUCGGAUCUCCUCCAAAUGUGGGAGAGCCAGGGUCAGCCGAAAAUUACUCUUCGUGUGCGAGACGAAGCAGAAAUGCUACAGAUCCGCGACGCAGCACGUACUCAUUCGCUGAUUACAGCAAGUGUGAAGGAUGCAGGACACACACAAGUGGUUCCAGGUACACGCACGGUGCUUGCAAUCGGUCCAGGUAUGCAUUGUGCCUCACGUGUAGGCCCUACGCCAGUUAUUGAUUAUCUGUGCGGCCAUCUUAAACUCUACUGA